AAUUAAUUACAUCUGUUGUGCAUUGGCGCAUAUACUGAAACGUGUAUUUUAUAAUUGUUUCAGCCCCGUUAGAUAUACAUCGGCUUCGUCAUGCCCCGUGAGAUCAAAGAUAUCAAGGACUUCCUGCUUAAGGCCCGAAGGAAAGAUGCCAAAUCUGUGAAAAUAAAGAAAAACCCGGAGAAUGUAAAAUUCAAGGUUCGCUGUUCACGAUUCCUGUACACAUUGGUCAUCACAGACAAGGAGAAGGCUGAUAAAUUAAAGCAAAGUCUACCACCAGGUCUACAGGUAAAGGAGGUCAAGUGAUGGAAAACUUACAGUAAUAAAUAAAAACAAAAAUCAA